AUGGCGGAGCUGCCGCUGCCCGCUGGGCUCAGCUCCAGCACCUUCCCCGCCAAGCUGUGGCGCCUGGUGAACAGCCCCCGCGUCCGCUCCGUGCGCUGGGACAGCCGAGCCCAGGGACUGCUCAUCGACCGCUCCCUCUUCGAGCAGGAGCUGCUCAGCUCGGGCGACGCCCACGGGGCGGGCACUGAGGGGGCGGUACCAGCCCCCGACUCCUUUCAGGCCACGCACUUCGGCAGCUUCGUGCGGCAGCUCAACCUCUAUGGCUUUCACAGAGUGCCGGGCUGGGUUGGCUCAGAUGAGCCGGGCGAUGCCGGGGGCUGGCUCCACUUCAGGAACCCCAACUUUCGUCGCGACCGCCCCGACCUCCUGCUCCGCAUCAAGCGCCUGACCAGGGCCAACAGGCAGCGGCUGGCAGCGGGGCUGGAGGUGCGCAGCCGCCAGCCCAGCCGCUUCCAGCAGCUCCACACGGAGCGGGCGGUGCCCUCCUUCCCCGCCGGGCAGCCGCCCAGAGCCGUGCUCUCAUACCAAGACCUCGCUGCUGCCUCAUCUGAGGGUUUAGAGCUGCCUCCAGGCCCUUCCAGGCUAAGUGCAGGUGCUCAGGACUCUGAGGUUUUCCUCACAUCUCCCAAGAAAAUCUUUGCCUCAUCUGGACUUCUUGGGGUUUCAUCCGAGGAACCAGGCACAGGCAAAUUUCAUCUCAACUGUGAGCUCAUCAUUCCACUGGUUCCCAUGGAGCUUAAAUGCCAACCUGAGCUCAUCAUUCCGCUGGUUCCUGUAGACCAUCACAGCCCUUCCAUGGCCUCUCCAGAGAGGAGCAGCUGCACAUCUUCAGAGCAGCAGUUGCCAGCCUGCAGCCCAUCAGCCAUCCCAGACACUUCAGCCCCCAGCACUCCAGCUGGCAGUGCAGGCUGUGCAGCAUGGACAGCCCCCAGCUGGCUAUGGAAUACUCCUGGGGAAGAGGAAUUGCCACCACCGGAUCUGGACAUGGUGCUUGAGACGCUGGAGGAGAUGUUUUCUCCCUCUGCUCAGGGGAAUAUUAAUGUUGCCCCUGAGUCUUCAAGAGGGGAGCCUGUGGACAGAGCUGCAGCAGAGGGAGCUUUGCCUGGCACCCAGAGCUGCGGGAACAAUUCCCAGGAGCCCGAGGAGCUUGAUAUCCACCUGAUCUACCUCGCCAGGAGGGCUGCCCUGCGUGAGAAGAAGAAUCAGAGGGAGAGCCUGUGACCAUCGAGCAGGUGGAAUCUCUCCAUUUAUAUACAGAUUUCUAUAAGUCUAUUUGUAUAUCCCUAUAGUUAUAUUUGUAGAUUUAUACA